GGCGCUGAGGAUGGGCAACGGCAGCUGGGAGGGCUGCCACGUGGACUCGCGCAUGGACCACCUCUUCCCGCCUUCGCUCUACAUCUUCGUCAUCGGCGUGGGGCUGCCCACCAACUGCCUGGCGCUGUGGGCCGCCUACCGCCAGGUGCGCCAGCGCAACGAGCUGGGCGUGUACCUGAUGAACCUGAGCAUCGCCGACCUGCUGUACAUCUGCACGCUGCCGCUCUGGGUGGACUACUUCCUGCACCACGACAACUGGAUCCACGGGCCCGGCUCCUGCAAGCUCUUCGGCUUCGUCUUGGGCGCCAACUCGGCGCCCCUGUUCCAUGACGAGCUCUUCCGCGACCGCUACAACCACACCUUCUGCUUCGAGAAGUUCCCCAUGGAGGGCUGGGUGGCCUGGAUGAACCUCUACCGCGUCUUCGUGGGCUUCCUGUUCCCCUGGGCCCUCAUGCUGCUGUCCUACCGCGGCAUCCUGCGCGCCGUGCGGGGCAGCGUGUCCACCGAGCGCCAGGAGAAGACCAAGAUCAAGCGGCUGGCGCUCAGCCUCAUCGCCAUCGUGCUGGUCUGCUUCGCGCCCUACCACGUGCUCCUGCUGUCCCGCAGCGCCGUGCACCUGGGCCGGCCCUGGGACUGCGGCUUCGAGGAGCGCGUGUUCCCCGCCUACCACAGCUCGCUGGCCUUCACCAGCCUCAACUGCGUGGCCGACCCCAUCCUCUACUGCCUGGUCAACGAGGGCACCCGCAGCGACGUGGCCAAGGCCCUGCACGACCUGCUGCGCUUCCUGGCCAGCGACAAGCCCCAGGAGAUGGCCAACGCCUCCCUCACCCUGGAGACCCCGCUCACUUCCAAGAGGAGCACCGUGGCCAGGGUCACGGCCGCCGGCUGGGUGGCAGCUCCGACCUCCCAGGAGGACCAGGUGCAGCUGAAGAUGCUGCCACCCCUGGCGCAAUGAGCCUCAGAUCGCACAGAGACACACCCCCUGCCCCGCCCCUAAAUUCAUUCCACACCCUGGCCCCUCUUGCUCCGGUGUAUGCCGAUUGUAUGUAAAUAAGGCCAUGUGACUAAUCAUGUGAAUAUAAGAAAAGAGGAAAACAGCAAGGUUGGGGUGUCGCUGGUCAGUUGCCAUCCUGCGCCAUGGCCCCUUAACAGUCCAGCUGAACAGCGCCUGGCCUUGCCCGGAGCAGUGUUAGUGACAUAGGGGUGAUGAGUGCCAGACCUGGCCCAGCCCUCACCGGCUCCCGCUCCGAUGGGGGAGACAGAUCUGCCCCUGGGCAGUGAUGAUCCAGGUGGGCAGGGCUCAGACAGGAGAGGCCAGGGUCUGGGGGAACUGCAAAGGGCAUCUGACCCAGUCUGGGGGACAGGGAGGGCUUCCUGGAGGAGGAGACCAGUACAUAAAGUUUCCAGAGGUGAAGCCAAAAAACACAAAAAAACCCCACGUGAGGAUGAUUUCCAAUGAGGGGGUGACUCAAGGGGAAGGCGGAAGGAGAAACCCACUGAGUGUGCAGUGAUCACUUUUGCUGUAGGGAAGCCCCCGUCAUGUAGGGGAGAGUGAGCAGGACAGAGCACUUCUGAGUUUUCAGAUUAACAUUCUCCGAGUCAGGACUGAGGAAGAAGAGGGAGAAUGUCCAAACCCAAGUGGAGGGCCAUCAAGAAGACUGGCCAGAGGAGCCCUUCAGUCAACAGGUUUAUUUGUACCUCCCACUGGCCCUGUGCGGGCUGGGGCUGGGGACGCAGUGGUGACCAAGACAGCCCCGGAGCCACCAUCGAGGGGCGCCCGGUAAGGGAGUAAAUCAAAAUAAAUACAAAGUUUGGAACUGA